GACAGUUGAAUCACUACGCUAGCUGUCCCUCCUCCUCUACAACUACCGUGAGUGUAACUAUCUUACAAUGUGUGAUUUCUACGCGUGUCACCAUUUGAAUGCACCUGGUGUAGAAGAAUCGACGGAAGAAUAUCUGAAGAUUCCGCCAGAGAUACGAUGGGCGUCGACUACAUCAAGAGUCCAUCGGGCAUCCUGAAGGUGGUGCAGAUACUAAUGGUGAUCAUUGCCUUCUCCGUGUACCGUGGCGCUCCAGGGUAUUUUGGAACCCUGACCCUUGAUGACGCGAAUGUGUUCGGCGGGAGCGUGCUCGUGACGGCGCUCAUAAUCACCCCCAUCCUACUGGCCGUUAAACUUCUGCACGAGAACCAACCGAAGAACUUCUUGGAGGUAAUCGUCAACUUUGUGCUCGGACUCCUGCUGCUGGCCGCCGGGUCGGAAGCCAUCAACACUUGGUCGGGAGUAGGAGUUUUUCCUAAAAUUCGGGAUGCGUCCUUGGCUACGGGCUGUUUCUGUCUCUUCGCCUCCUUCGCCUACUUCGGAAACGUUGCACUCAACGUCCUUGAACUCAGGAGCGCCGGCGAUGAUUCGGGAUAGUAGAAGUGCCGAAACGCUAUCACCUUCCCUGGGAGAGAUCUGAUGAGUAACAGGGGGGAUCGGAUGCUCUGGAACUCUGAGCAAAAUAUUUGACCGACUGAAUUACCUUUUCAAUGUGAAAGCAAUUUUCCUUUUGCGAAAAUGUUUUACGCAAAUUAAACACGGUUGCUGUUUUAGAGAGAAAAAAACAUAUUUUAAACCUAACGUUCCUACAUUGGAUCUAAAAUGUAAAAUAUAUGGAGUUAAAAUUUGUUCAAGAUCA